CAGUUCCACACAGAUUCUCCAUUGCAUUAGAGUCUUCAGGUGAAAUCUGAGCCGAUCUCCUGUAUUGUGUCGCUGGACUCAUGAAACUCUGUUUCUCUGCUGAGUUUUCCUCUGAGUGGGCGCGCGUGUGUGUGUGUGUGUUAUCCCAUCCCACAAACUCAGAAACACAUGUAAAGUGUAAGUCGCUUUGGAUAGAAGUCUCUGCUAAAUGCAUAUUAAUGUGAAUGUAAGAUGUCUGGUCAACAUUCUUUAGGCAUUUGCUGGACAUCCUUUUAUCUUCAGAUGAUUCACUAGAAGUUUGACUUUCUUUUGAUAUGAAGCAGUGUUUCUAUGUUGUUGAGAUGCAUUUUUUGUCAUUAUUGUGUCUCUCCUCUUCAUUGCAGCAUCAAAGAGAAACAGAAUUCACGUUUUUUUUUCACAGAGAUGUCCCUGAGAGAGCAGAUGUAAAUGAGCUAUUAGCUAACUCUGGUGCAUUUACUUUUAAUUGAGCAAAAAUAAUACUCUAAAAGCAAUAAUCUUAAGUAAAGAUGACUAGACUUUUCGACACUUGAUGAUUUACAGUUGUGCAGUGAUACACACGGCUUGGUGCUGCGAUUAUUUCUUUAAGGUUUGUGGAAUCUGACACAACUCAUUAUAAGUUAUAUGUGGCGAGCAUGCCAAUGGCAAAUCAGCGUCGCCAAGGAAACGGCGCCAUCAAGCCGCCACACCUGCGGAUCAUCAUCACCUGCGCCCCAUUCAGCUCAUCCUUUAUAAUCAGCAGAGGAAGAGGAAAGGGUGAGCUCGUUCUCCUCUGGUAGUUGGUGUGCAUGGUUCAGACAACGCUCACGAUCCCUCACACGUCACUUCACUCCCCGGGAGGACGCACAUUCAGGAUUUUCCCCGGAACGGACGGAGCCAAUUCCCCACGAUUCUCUCACUGGUCCUUUACUGAAGAACCUCAAUCACCCUCUGGGGCUUUAAGUGACUUUUUUGACUGUGUCGUCUCUCUACAAGCCACAGUUAUUAUCAAAGCUUGACUGUUUUUUGUCAAUGUUGCUUCUACACAGUAGAGAUUGAAUGUUAUAUAUGAAGUUAUGUGAGUUUCUUCUCAGAUCAUGAGGUUGUGGUGAUGAAUGAGGUGUGAUGUUGCUCUCUUGUGUGGUUUGUGGUGCGUUUGGAGGCGGAGUGACUGACGGACUGUCAUGUUUUCAUCAUAUAAAGGGAAGUUGCUCAUCAUGUGAAGUGAUUCACUCAUUCAUUCAUUCAGUGUUGAUGCGUGAUUUGAUUCAUCAUGAGCAGUCUGAGAAACGCGCUCGUGUGUUUGAUCAUUUUGCCUCGUUUUCUGGUCGCGGCGCUCGUGCUGUUGUGUCUCGAUUUUCUGUGCGUGAGGAAAAGAGUUUUAUUUUAUCUCCGAGAUCACGACGAUGAUGAUGAUGAUGAUGAAGAUCCUCCGCUGUGUAUCUCUGAUAAUAACCGCAUGUUUAGCUGGGAAUCUCUCAAAGCGGUCUUCCACGGACAUAAAGUGGACUGGAUGAAAUCCGCUCGCGUGGGACGCGACGCGCCGAACACUGAAGUUGUGGAGCUCUCGGACCUGCAGCCCAGACGGAUCCUGGACUUCGCCCGUCGGACUCGACCGCUGGUGCUGAAUUUCGGAAGCUGCAGCUGACCGCCGUUCAUGAAGCGUCUGAAAGCGUUUCGGCGACUCGUCCUGCGAUAUUCCGAUAUCGCCGAUUCGCUGCUGGUCUACAUCGAGGAGGCGCAUCCGUCCGACGGCUGGAGGAGUUCAGACGCGCCCUAUCAGAUCCGCGGGCAUCAGAGUCUGGAGAAGAGACGCGACGCCGCGCGCCUGAUGGAGCUGGAAGCGCCGGGCUGCGCGGUAGUGGCUGACAGCAUGAACAACGCGUCCAACAGCGCGUACGGCGCGUUUUUCCACAGACUUUAUAUCGUGCAGGACGGUGAGGUGGUGUACCAGGGCGCUCGCGGACCGGAGGGUUAUCGGCUGUCGGAGCUCAGACUCUGGCUCGAGCGCUACCGAAAGCGUGUUCACGAGACCCCACGCGCCGCCGCGGCCGUCAUCCAAAUGUAAAAACUCACUUCUGGUUCACGCGACUAAAGAAGUAGACUUGAUGUCGUUGUAUUGCUCGAUCUCCGGUAUUUUUUUGUGAGGGUCGGUUUUUAAAAGGUUAACACGACCAGAAAAUCGACGUGAUGUCUAAAAUGCAGGAGAUUAUCAAACGCUUUUUGUAAUAAAGAAUUUCAUAACAACAAAUGUGUGCAGAAUGUAAGAGAAAAUGUUCUCUCUUCGGGUGUUGAUUUCACUCGUUAGAAAUAAAAACAAACAAACUUUUGAUAUUUUUUUCCUUUCGGUUUUUUUGUUCUAAACAUCCAAAAACGGUCGUGUUUCAAUAAAGAUGAAGCUUGUCUGUGAUUGAAAUGUAAACGAGUUUUUUUUAUUUCUAAAUAUAUUUGUCGUGAAUUUCAACAUAAUGAAACGUUAAGUGAUGAUCUGCACAUUUUUUUCUUUUCAUAGAAAAAUAGUUUCAGGGCUGGAGGGAAAUAUUAACAUAGGUUUAAUUUAUUCACUGUUAUUUAUUGUGAAUGUUUGACCCUUUUGUAAACUCUGGUUGUGAAUUUAUUACAUUUUAAACCUUUUUUAUUUUCAAAAAAUCUUUUAAUAGUUUUAACAUUAUACCAUAUUCCUCAUAUCAUUAUUAAUAAUUACUAUAGUUGUAUUAUUAUUAGGCCUAUUAUUAUUAUUAUUAUGUGCCAAUACGUUUUUAUAGGCUAAUGAAACCUCAAAGGUUUUUAAUCUUUCAGUGAUUUGAAAAAAGUGAGCAGUUAAUCCUUGAUACAUCACCUCUCCACAGAUAUAUUUGAUAUCUGUAAGGAGUUUAAUUUAUGAAUCAUUCUGACCAAAUAAAGAGUUUCUUCAAUUGCUUCUAAGAUCAAUCAGAACAAUAUUAACAGCCCGGUUUCAUAGACAAAGGUUAGCACUAGUCCAGACUAAAAUGAAUAUUUGAGCAAUCUUAUAUUAGAAUUUAACCUGACGUAUUUUUCAAUAGACUGCAUGCGCGCGCGCGUGUUUGUGUUUAUAUAUGUACAUAAUCAUUAAGCCAGUGUUUGUGUUUUUUGUUUUAUUCGAUAUUCAUAUUUAACACAUGCUGACACACUAAGUCAAUCGCAGAAUGCAUCAAAUGUUCCAGCACAGUUUUUUGUGUGCAAAAUCUUU